GUGUCGCGCGCCCCUGGUGUAGAAAAAAAACACACACAGAGAAGGAAAACUUCAUAGAAAUGGCGGAGAGUGCUACGACGCUCAAAGGCUUGAGAGCCCAGAUAGCUGCGGCUGCACAGGCACAAGCCGAGGAGCGGCGUAGCUUAGCAGGAACCAGUCCAGGACCUACAACCAACUCACCGUCCAAACCUCAGGGCUGUAAGCCAGUCAUUGACGGCGCCUCGCUUAAAGUAGACGACCGGCUGCGAGUGGCAAAAGAGAGGCGAGAGGAGGCAGAAAGACAACAGGCUUUACGGGAGUCCCAGAUCAUGGAGCGGGAGCGCAAAGCCAAGCUGCAAGUGGAGCGCCAGCUGGAGGAACGUCAGAAAAAGCUGGAGGAGCAGCGGCGGAAGGAGGAGCAGAAACGAUUGGCUGUGGAGGAGAAGAGGAAGCAGAAGCUUGAAGAGGAAAAGGAGCACUAUGAGGCCGUUAUGAGGCGUACAUUAGAGCGCAGUCAGCGUGUUGAGCAGAGGCAGAAGAGGUGGUCCUGGGGAGGACUCUCUGCUGACCAAGAUGGACGAGCAGGAGAUUCUGACGCCAGCAUCUCUUCUCCAGUAGCUAUAGUUGUCUCCUCUCCCUCGCCUGAAAAGCCACCAAGGAGUGGACAAGCUGACAAGCGCUCCACAUCCACAACUAACCUGAAACAGCCGCCCGAGGCUGGCAUCAGCAAACGUUUAUCCUCCUCCUCUGCCGCCCUCGGUAAAUCACCUGACAAAAGUGUUAGAGCGAGGAGUUCGUCUUGUAACCGGUUGCCAAGCAAUGGCAUUGAUGCUCAGGCCAGUAAGGAAGAUGGCAAAAAGCUUCAGGUGGAGCAGACAGGCCGCUCUGUGAAGAAGAGAAGUUCCUCCCUCACACGAGUAAGUGUGGGCAGAGCGCAGACCCCUGCCAAGCCUGAUAAGGGAACAACGGACGAUCAAGCUCGCAAGCCACCGGCCAGUACUGUGGAUGAAGGGGUCCUUAGCCGCCUGCUCACUCCCACCCAGGCCUCACUAGCUAGGAGCAAGAGCGCCGCCGUCCUGUCCGCUGAAGGAUCAGAUGCUACAGCCUCUGCCAGCGCCCUGAAACCACCGCGCGGGACCGUGCGCAGCCGCAGCAUCGACCGGCAGAAAGAGCGGCAUGACCACGUCAAAGUCAGCCAGCGAAGCCCUCGAUUCGUCUCUGCUUAUUACAUGUUAAUGUAG